UUUUUUUCUAAAAAAGAAAAACAAUAUUUUAGGAAUGUAUAAUUUUUUUUCGCGUUUUAAAAGGGCCUUUUUAGGCCGAAAUUCAGAUAUUUUAGUAAAUAUACAAAGAGAAAUAAAGACAUUAAAAGAUAUAACAGAGCAUCUGGAUAUAGGUAUUCCAUCAACAGAUUUGCUUUUAUAUUAUAUAAGGAACCAAAAAGUUGAAAAAUUAAGUGACAAAACUCUAAAACAUCUAUGUAAACUGUCUUUUUUAUCAUUUCCAAAAGAUGAUAAAAAAGAGAAAUUAAUAGAAAAAAUAUCAAUGAAUAUUGAUUUUGUUAAGAGUAUUAAGGAUGUAGAUGUCAAAUAUGUUAAACGUUUGGUUUCAGUUAGAAAAGAUGGACCCAUUCUAUUGACUUAUGAAAAUUUAUCUAAUAAGACAGAAGAACCUUGUGAGUGGAAUGUUUUUGGAUUAACAAAAAAUAGAGAAGGGAAUUUUUUUGUUUUGAAAAAACAAUAAUUAUUCAAAAAUUAUUAUUUUUAAUGGAUAAGUAUUUAUCAAAAAAUA